AUGCUCUACGGUCUCUUAUCUACCAGCGGCGUAUCUUUUACGCCUGCAAAAGAUAUCCCAGACCUAUCCGGAAAAGUGAUAUUCAUCACCGGCGGCAACGCCGGCCUCGGAAAAGAAAGCGCCCUCCAACUCUCCGCCCACAACCCCUCACACAUCUACCUAUCCUGCCGCGACGGCUCCAAAGCCAAAGCAGCGAUCCAGGACAUUCAAUCCAGCGUGCCCUCCGCCCGCCUCACAUUCAUCCAAUGCGACCUCACGUCCCUGGCCUCGGUGCUAGCCGCAGCGCAGGAAUUCACACGUGUGGAAUCCCGCCUCGAUAUCCUAAUGCUGAACGCGGGGAUAAUGGCCGUCCCGCCGUCAACGACCGAGGACGGCUACGAGAUCCAAUUUGGCACGAACCACGUCGGGCACGCGCUGCUGACGAAACUGCUCAUGCUUACGCUGUUGCGCACCGCGGAAGCGGGGGCGGAUGUAAGGGUCGUGGCGCUGUCUAGUAUAGCACAUGUAACGGCGAGCGGGAUACAGUUUAGUGGACUGAAGAGCGCGGCUGGGGGGGUCUUCACGAAUAUGACGCGGUAUGGGCAGAGCAAGCUGGCGAAUAUACUGUUUGUGCGGGAGCUGCAGCGGCGGUAUGGGGCGCGGGGGGUGACGGCGGUGGCGGUGCAUCCGGGGAUUGUGAGGACGGAGUUGUAUGGGAGUGUGUUUGGGGGAUUGUUGACGGGGGCGGUGGGGAGGAUGGUCAAGGCGUGGUAUACGAGUGUGGGGGAUGGGGCGAGGGGACAGCUGUGGGCGGCCACGGGGAAGAAGGGGGAGGUGGUGGGUGGGGGGUAUUAUACGCCGGUUGGGGUUGUGGAGCAGUGUACGGGUGUGAGUAGGGAUACGAAACUUGCUGCUGAACUGUGGGAGUGGACGGAGAAGGAGCUGGAGGCUUAUAAUAUCUGA